AUGGAUAUCUCCUCCAUUAUGAACGACACCUCGCGGCCGUCAGAAAAUAGCAGGCCCAACAACAUUAGCGUGGAUGCGUCCGUCCUGCACGAUGCCAUCGACUCCGCGACCAUAGACCGCUUACGGACAGUACUGCGCGCGAUAUGUACGGAGAACACAGCUGCGUUCAAGCUAGCGUGCGACCAUUUGCUUGUCGUUCAGGGUGCGGAUGGUGAUACCGACACGAAGAGGAAACGAGACGAGCGAUUGCAAAGAUUUGAAAUCUGCGAGCAAUGCCAAGAAGAAUACGACGUCCUGGACAACCCGGACGACGCGUGCGUGUGGCAUCCAGGUGAAACGGAGCCAGACUUCGAAGGUGACUUCUGGGCAGACCAUGAUGAAGAUUGUCAUGGCGAAAUCGACUCGGAAUGGGCGAGGAAAGAGUAUCCCGAGGGCUUUGUGUAUAGCUGUUGUGAUGCAAAAGCGAACGAGGAAGGGUGUCAAAUGGAUGCUCAUAAGCCGAUAAUCAACUCGAAGAAGUCUAAGACGCGAUCUUAG